CCCUCCUCUGUCCCCUCCAAGCCCCCUGCCACACGCCCCCCCACCCGCGCCUCCACUCGAUCUCCCUGCACCCGUCACCCUCCAAGUCGGUCGCCCGCUUGCAUUUUUAUUACCCUCUGUGCUCCGCCCACUUCGAGGAAAGGACACCCCUCCUCCCCGCCCAGCUAUCGCCCCACCACGCGGAGAGCGUCGGCUCCGGAUCGCACAAUGGCCUCACUGUUUCACCGCCGCUCGGCGUCCUCUGCCACCUCGACCACGUCCAGCUCCUCGCUAAACUCCCCAGGCGAAGGUGGCUCGGGUAGCUCAUCCUCCCUCUUCAAGCGGCCGCUCCUGAACAAGUCCUUCUUCGGCAGCAAGUCCAGCAACCUGUCCAGCCAAACUCCCAGCGACAACUCCUUCGACAUCCUCCUCCAGUCCGGCGAAACCAUCCUGCUCAGCCUCUCCAACAAUGGAAGCACCACCGACACCAGCCUCGAGCUCGAUCAGCCCCCUGCCGCCCUCGGGCCGGAUGAUGAGAACGACCCGUCCAACCACCUGGUCGACCUGCUGAAGGCCGAGAACGUCCGCCUCAACCUGCAGGUGGUCAAACUGCGCGAGGAGCUGGCCGUUUCGCGCGGCGAGUCCCUCUCCAGCCUGACCCUACCUACCAUCGACGACAAUCUGCUGGCCUCGCUGACGAGUGCCGCCGGGCCCGGACCCCUGGGACCCGGCUCCGAGUCCGGCGACGCCAGUCCCCUGAUGCCGAGCACCGACGCCGGAUCCGCCCCGUCGGUCGACUGGGAGGCCCAGUACAUGGAACUGAAGGAGCGCAGCAACAAGCUCGCCCAGCAGGCCGUCAUCACCAUUGAAGACCGCAUGAAGCGCAUCCAGCACCUUGAGGGCGAGAAUGGGGCCCUCUUCGACCGGUGCCAGACUCUGGCCUACGAGAUUCUGGAGGUGCGCUCCAGCCAGCGGUGGUGGCUUUACCUCGGGGUGACUGCCCUGGCGGCGGUGGCCCUGGCGGCGGCCGUGCUCGGGCUCCGGUGGCACUGCUGAGGGCCUCCCUUCCCCUCUCUCUGCCCCUUUUCUCGCUGCGAGAGCGAGAGUGCGAGGGCGCGACGCGCGUGCGUUCCGCCCUCUCCUCCGCCGCCCGACUCGUGCUCACCGACUCCCCCCCCCC